AUGGCACCCUCUCGAGCUUGUCUACACCUCCCCAUACGGCCGCUUCUCCCUACCCGAACGAGGCUCUGCUCAACAAGACGUCCUCGAGUCUUUUGUCCUCUGAUCAUCGGCCAGAGAUGGCAAGGCACAUCACCGACCGGCGUGCGAUUCGAUGACGAUAUCACUUCCCAUGACAAGCCUUCGGAUCUGUCGCAUUUGAACCCAGCCCCAGAAGAUUACUCGCGAUUUAUCUUCCAGGACAAAUGCCACGUCACUGUACACGCGGGCGCUGGCGGCCACGGAUGCGUCUCGUACCUACGCGAGAAGUAUGUUGAAGAGGGACCCCCGAACGGCGGCGAUGGCGGCAGUGGAGGCGGUAUCUACAUCCAAGCUGUCGAGGGCUUGACCAGUCUACACAAACUUGCGCGAAGGGGUAUCAUCAAGGCCAGUCGAGGACGAAACGGACAGGGUAAAAGCAAAGGAGGGAAGCGAGGUGACGAUGUGCUCCUCCAGGUUCCCGUCGGCACCGUGGUGCGCGAAGUCGAGCGACACGACCCCGUUGCAGAGGAGAUCGCCCGGAGGCGAAAGCCAAAGGAGGCACCCGCAGAUGAGGAUGAGAUUGAAUUCACGCCGAUUCGACACGACCGCUGGGUGCUUCAUCCUGGCGCCAACCCGUCUGAUUUCCUGACGGUGGCAUUUCCUCGACUCAAGCCGCGGAGGCAGGGGAUUGCGGCCAUGGAGCCCAAAGCGCCCAUUUAUCUUGAUCUCUCCAAGCCCAUGGAUAAGCCCAUGCUUCUCGCUGCGGGUGGCGCUGGCGGCUUGGGCAACCCGCAUUUCGUGACACGCUCCAUGGGCCGACCGAAGUUCGCGUCUCGGGGGGAAGGGGGAAUGAGACUGGAGCUUGACUUUGAACUCAAGCUACUCGCAGAUGUUGGUCUAGUUGGCAAACCAAACGCCGGAAAGAGCACGCUUCUGCGCUCCUUGACCAACAGUCGCACUCGCAUCGGAAACUGGGAGUUCACUACCCUGUCUCCCCACAUCGGCACAGUAAUUGUGGAUGACAACAAGGGCCGGCCGCUCAUUGAGUCGAAGGGCAAGACGCGACGAACCCACUUCACUAUUGCUGACAUUCCGGGUUUGGUGGAAGACGCACAUCUGGACCGGGGCCUUGGGCUGGGAUUCCUGCGACACAUUGAUCGGGCGGGCAUCCUGGCUUUUGUGCUUGACCUCAGCGCUGGAGAUCCUGUCCAGGAGGUACAGAAGCUGUGGCAUGAGCUCGGAGAGUACGAGCGGGUUCGCAACACCGACCCCGAACCCGUUAUCAGAGAGACUCAAGGCGUGAUUGACUGGGACCCGUCUGGAGCAGGACUUCCAGAGCUCGAUCGGCCCCAAAAGCGUCAGAUCGAGUUGGAAUCCCCCGAUGACCGGGAAACGGGACAUACCCUCGACUAUAGAUCCUCUGGGUCCUUGCCACCUCUCACCAUGCCACCCAUUCACACGAAGCCGUGGUUUGUCGUCGCCACCAAGGCCGAUCUCGAGAACACUCAAGACCAGUACCGAGCUUUGCAAGAGUAUCUCUCUGCCGUGGAGAAUGGCUCUGUCGAGCACCCAUCUGGUCAUGUCGACGGGUGGAGAGAGAAGGUGACUGCUGUUCCAGUCAGCGCUAUCAGAGGCGAAGGAGUUUCUCGCAUCCCCAAGCUGGUGAUGCAAUAUUUGGAGUAA